GAUUCCUUCUGCCUCCCCCACGUCUUCUCCAUAAUAAACUACUGCAUUCUGCAUUUUUCUUUGCACGCUGCAUGUAUGGAACAGAGCCACGUAUAUGGAAAUGCAAAGGCUUGCAAUAAAGAAAUGGUUGGUUUGUCUUAUUUUGCAGCAGUCCCCCAGGAACAACUAAUGUGGCAUCUUAUUAGAGAUGCCUUGUGCCCUAUGCUGCUUACACAGCAAACACCAAGGCUCUGUUGACAUAGAAGAGAGAUGGGCAAAGAGCAUUUUAAAUGGGGGAAGCGAAAAGUAUGGAUCUUGGCCACCCUAUGACUCAUCCACUGCUUCAGAGCUCCAUGCCCAAUGAGUUGGGUGACUUGGUAGGCAAGGGACAUUGCAGAGACACAAUGCCGGUAAGUGUGGUGGAUGCAAGUUUGAAAUCAUAAGCUGAAUAAUAUCACAUUUGCACAUGGAAAGAUAAUGGCUUUGAUUCCUCUUGUCUCUUUGUGUCCCUUAGCCUGACUCACUACUCUCACCAUCUAUAUAAACAAGCUCUGGAUUCCAAGGAAGGCAUUGCAAACCAUCUCUCUUCAACUUAUAAACCCUUCCCCCAAUCUUCUCAUUUCAAGAAAAAAAAUGGCAGCAGCUUCUUUCCAUGCUCGCUCCAACAGUUUGCCUGCUAGAUCACACCCACUGGUCUCAGAAAUCGAUGAGCAAGUUUGCAGGUUGAGACAGUCUCAAGCUGCUUCCACAUCUUCAUCGUCGUCCAUAGGCCACAACUUGAACAGCCUUCAGGGUGUUUAUGAUUGUGUUGACCAGAUGUUCCAACUGCCAGCAACUCAACAAACCCUGAUCAAUGACCAGAAGAGCUUCAAUGAGCUGUUGGAUGGGUCUCUAAGGCUCUUGGACUUGUGCAGCACUGCCAAGGAUGGUUUGUCCCAGAUGAGAGAGUCUGUGGCUGAACUUCAAUCCGCUAUUCGCAGAAAGCAAGGAGGUUUGGAAGGAGAAACCAGAAGAUACCUGAAAUCUAGGAAGUCUGUUAUGAAAACAAUCCAUAAGGUCUUGAAAGGUGUGGAAAACAAGAAAUCCACUCCAUCCAACAACUUUGAGACGAUCUUCAUGCUAAAGGAAGCUGAAUCUGUUGUUGUUGAGGUUUUGGAGUGCUUGUUGACAUUCAUUUCUCAAUCAAGCUCAAAGCCAAGCAGCUGGUCAUUGAUUUCCAAGCUGAAAAAGGUCUCCCCGGCAAGUGAGAAUGAAUUUGCAGACGUGGAUGCCUCUUUGAAGAUGAACAAAUCUAGUGAGGAGGUCCAAGUUCACCUGAAGAACUUGCAGCCGUGCAUUCAAGAUCUUGAGGAAGGAGUUGAGAGCCUCUUUAGGCGCUUGAUCAAAACAAGAGCCUCCAUUCUCAAUAUCGACAAUCUGUAGUUACAUAGUCCAAACAAUAUUUGUACAAGUUGUAUAGAAAAAUUGAUACUCAAAUCUAUAAAUAUACAUGGUCCCCAAGUUCCCAGAAAUUUAUGUCUCUUUUGAUUCAUUGCUCUAUCUACCAGCCUGCAAUUUUUGUCCUUUUAAUUACCAUCUGGUUGUAGGACAAAAUAACUGGUAAAGUAGCUCAUGGGGUCAUUCAGAUAGGUCAGGUUAUUCAGAGCUGAUGAAAAUGAAAGAGGAACCACGAUCACAUGGAAGACUGACUACACCAGAUUAAAUAUUGCAGAAAUGAGUAAUCAUCACACGUCCAAAGGCAAUAAUGAACACGUUGAGAAGCCAUAUUAAGUGGAUCUUGCCUUCCAUUGGUAACGAACUCAUAUUAAACCAGAACAACCAUAAUCUUCUGCUAUUGUAAUUUCACUUUCACCAUUUCUACUUGUCUUUAGUUCUGCUAUUUGUCGGGAGACGAGCAAUGAUUCCAGACCAGGAAGCUAGAGUUCCUUCAGUUUCAAUAAAAUCUCCUUUUGAAGCACUACAAACAUAUAAGAACUGAACAGAACUGCCAAAAAUCUUGCCUUGGAUCCAAUAGAAGCUCAAAUUCAUGACGAACAACAAACUUGGCUCCGGAAAUAGCCAUAGUUGAACUGCAAUUAUCUGCAGUUAGCCACCUGUGAAUUACUGAUUAACACUUCAAAUCCAAUUGGCUCUCUUACAGCCAAAAUCAUUGAUUAAAUUAAUCAACCCCCAUGAUUGCUAAUUAUAUGGAUCCUCUCUCUCAUCUAUUGAUCUCAAAUGCACGAGUAUAUUUGGAUCUAACCAACUGAAUAUCUUCUCAGCGGUAUUAAUUGCAAUGUCUCCAGCCAACCCAGCAAUCCAGCUAAUUUGCCAACUUAUUCUAAUCCUGUUACACGAGUGGGUUGUGUUUGGAAUGAUAUGUAAAGAUCAAACAUGGAUGAAGCAAAAAUGGGUUUUGGAGAUUAGGAUUUUUUCUAAUCUAACCAACCACCAUUACUGUAUCUAUUUUUUAAUGCAAUCAAAGCCAUUGAUAUUACUGGGAACAUGUUAGUCUGUUGCUUCAAGUUAUUUACCUCGAGUUCCAUCAGUUUGCAGCAGCAUGGCUUAUAAGCUUUUCUCCCAAGACUUACAAACUGCCAAGUGAAAGUUACCUUCACUUCCAAUGAAUUGCUGCUUGCCACUGCUUUAUAUUUGAUGGUGAGAUUUGGAGAUCCCGUAGCUUAGGCAGCACGCAACUAGCUUAUCAUAUUUGAUUAACGCUGCAAAAGUGACAGCAGCUCUCUUACAUUGCAGAGGAAGCUAAGCUAAUCUCAUUUGGAUCCUCGUGUGAUGUAAUAUAAUAUUGGAUCUGCAGAUCCCCCACAAUCCAUUAGUGAUGAGAUUCCUUCUGCCUCCCCAACCCUCUCCUCCAUAAUAAACUACUGCAUGUAUGGAAAUAGAGCCACGUAUAUGUAAAUGAGAGUGCUUACAAUAAAGAAAUUGUUGGAUUGUCUGAUUCUGCAGCUGUCCCUGAAGAACAACUAAUGUGGCAGCUUAUUAGAGAUGCCUUGUGCCAUAUGCUGCUUACACAGCAAAACCAGGGUUCUGCUAACAUAGAAGAGAGAUGGGCAAUACAUAUUUUAAAUGGGGAAGGGAAAAGUAUGGAUCUUGGCCACCCUAUGACUCAUCCACUGCUUCAAAGCUCCAUGCCCAAUGAGUUGGGUGACUUGGUAGGCAAGGGACAUUGCAGAGACACAAUGCCGGUAAGUGUGGUGGAUGCAAGUUUGAAAUCAUAAGCUGAAUAAUAUCACAUUUGCACA